AUGGCUAGCAGUAGCAGCAGCAGCUCCUCUUCUUCAGAUCUGAUGAAAUUGCCAGAGAGGAGGAAUUAUUAUGACGUGUUUGUCAGCUUCCAAGGGAAAGAUACUCGCCUAAAUUUCACUGAUCAUCUUUUUACUGCCUUUAAGAAAAAACAUGUUAGUGCAUUUAGGGAUGAAAGUGAUCUUCAACAAGGUGAAUCCAUAGCACCUGAACUCCUUCGUGCAAUCCAAGACUCUCGAGUUUUUGUUGUGGUAUUCUCAAGGAACUAUGCUUCUUCAACUUGGUGCUUACAAGAAUUGGAAAAGAUAUGUGAAUGCGCUCAAGUGUCUAAAAAAUAUGUUCUGCCUGUUUUUUAUGAUAUUGAUCCUGCUGACGUGAGGCAUCAAAGAGGAAUUUAUCGUAAAGCCUUUGCCAAACAUGUACAAAGGUUCCAGCAACAAUCUGAGAAGGUGCGGAGAUGGAGGAAAGCUCUAACUCACCUUGCCAAUUGCUCCGGCUGGGAUCUAUGUCAUAAAUCACAAUCUGCAGCGAUUAGAAAGAUUGUUGGAAGGAUAAAAAUAUACUACAUUGCAGAUCUUCCAGUGUUUUAA